AUGUCCAGUUACAUUGGGUCGUCGGCUCCGUCGCAGGACCCACCUUUCGCGGCCACGCCAGGGUCAGAAGUGCCAUGCUCGCUUGCUUCAAACCAAUCUAACUUCCGAUCGAGUGAGCUUGCCCAAGAGGUCCCAGAGUGCGCGGUAAGCAGUCAACAAUCGGACGACAGCGUGGUCUACAUUGGUACCAAGCCACCUAGUCAGAACCCGAUCCAGGCGGAUUACUGGCUUUCCUGGUUUCAAGCGCGUGAAGUUCACGUUCCGGAAUCCGGUCAGUGUGCGAUGCUGGCACUGUACGCGACGAUUUCGAAUUUUCAGGGCAACACCCUGAAGUGCACCCCGGAAACAACAGCCGAGGCCAACUAUCACAAGAAGGCAAUUUACGUGCUAAUGGUGUCCAAUCUGCCAGCUGACGCAGCGCUUGGACUGGUCGAUCCCGGGGACAUGCUUGAUCGCUUAUACCCGGACUCUCCUCGUCAGCCCACCAAGGAGGCCUCAACAGCGCUGCUUUGCACUCAUCUACUUCAUGAGCGCGCGCGCUCGGUUGACGCAUCCGUCCGGAGAACCCACUGGGCCGACGCUUGUGUGUUGCGCUCAUAUGCGCAGUAUCUCCGGCAGCCGCUGCUAGUGAUUGAUGUGAAAGAAAACGGAGAUGGUUCUAUGCAAAUUUACAGCUACGAACCCAUCGAAGUUCCCCCGUCCUCAGGUGUCACUCGCCACACACAUGAGCGCGGAUUGUGUACUGUAGUCAAUGCGGUGGACACUAGCGAAUACCUUCGGGUAUGUGGCCGCCUGCAUGUGCUUCCGGCUUUCCUGUUACUACGUCAUCAUGAGCACCACUUUUAUGGAGUUCAACAUGAGGAUCUUUACCUCAGAUGGCACGCUGAAGGUGAUCCCGACUUCGCGGCGGAAAUGGCGCACCCGUAA